AUGUUCAGCAAAGAAUCAGCUGUUGUGGAUGAAGAGACGAAUCAGGAGCUUCAUUUUGAGCUGUCCGAGACCGCAGUGAGCGACGCAGAGCCGCCUUUGGAGCAAGCUGUGCCUGAGGUGUCUCUCGGUGAGAUUGAGCCAAUCGUGGAUCUGGAGCAGGAGACUGUUGAUGCUACGGAAGCUGAAGAAGCUUCUGCUGUGACCAGAGAUGAGCCACAAGACCACGAGGAGUCCGCAGUUGCUGUAACGACGGCCACAGAGACGCCGUCCGCGGAACAAGCUAUGCUGGGAUCAAAUCACGCUGAAUCGCUCGGCGAGCUGGCGGCGGAGCAGGACACUGCAAUGUUCUCGGCGGAAGGGGUAGCCAAAGAUGCACAACCUCACGGCGAGGAUGCCAGAGGCGCGAUUCAUGCCGAAGAUUCGAAGGGCAAGGAGGCAGGGCACAGUGUCGAGAAGGAGUUUACGACGGCGGCGGCUUGCAAGCCGCCCCCGCCACCCUCGAGGACUUCAGCAGAGUUGGACGAAGCGCUGCGAGACAAGCAAGAAGAGCUUGAGUCUUUAAAGCUGGCAGCGGAGCAGCGAGUCGAGGAGAUCAUGCAGAAAGCGAAGGAAAGGUUGGAACAGGCCGUCGAGGAGCACGAAAAGGAGAGACAGGCUCUGCAAAAAAACCUGCAGAAGCUCCAGAAGAACCUGGACGAUGCCAAGUCGCAAGGUGAAAAGAUGUCCGAGAAGUUGAAAGCCGCAGAGGAGCUGUCGUCAACAGCACAAGCAGAGGCGCGCCAAUCAGCAAAGCAGCUGAAAAAGAGUCAAGACGAUUGUCAAAAGCUAACUGCAAAGCUCGAGAAAGAGUCGGCGAAGGUGGCGGAGCUGAAGCAGAACGUCGAUCAAGUCAUCAAAGAUGCAACAGAGCGAGAUGAGGCUCGCAUGCGCGAAAUCAAGCAGCUACGUGACAAGUCCGAGAACGAGUUGAAAAGCUUGAGGGAAAAGUCAGACAACUCUUCCAAGGAUGCUGAAACAUUGCGUCAGCGUCAGCUGGAAGAGGCCUCUUUGGAGCUGAAGGAGCUCCAUAGCGAGUCUGCCCAGCAGAAAGAGAUGCUGUCGGAGCUGGUGCGGGAAAGCUCUGCCGAAGCAACGAAACUGAGGGAGCACCUCAGCACUGUGGAGGUUGCAGCCGAAGCAGAGAGGGUCAAUGCAGAGCAGCAGCAAUCAGAGCUGGAGGGCAGCAUCCGCCGCGGCCGCCAAGAGCUGCAUGCAGCCAACGAGCGCAGCCGCAGAGCAGAGCGUGAACUGGAGCAAGCCCAUGCGGAGUGCCAGGAGUUGCUCAGCAGUGCCACGCAGCGAGACGACCGCGUGGAGGUGGCGCAAGCUCUGUUGGAGGGCCGAGUCCGAAGUUUGCAGGAGCAGGUGGAGGUGCUGCGGGCUGAGGCGGAGGAAUCCAGGGCGUCGGAGACGAUGAAGCAACAGGCAGCCCAGACAGCCGAGGCCCGGUACGCGGAUCUUCACAGCAGUAGUCAGAUGAAGGAGCAGGAGUGGCGGGAAGCAAGGUCCAUCUUGGAACAGCGAGUGCAGUCGUUGCAGGAUGAACUACAGCAGUGCCGUCGCGGAAGCUUCAACAAUGAGGCCGAGCACCAAGAUGCGCUGCUUGCAGCCCAGCGCAAGGCCGUAGAGGCUUCAGAGGAGGCGGUGGAAGCCAGCAAGCUGGCACAAACGCUGCAACUGGAGGCCUCCGAGGCACGCUCCCGAUUGGAGGCUUGCGAGGCUGAACACUACUCGCGAUCGUCGGAGUUAGCUGAGCUCAAAGAGGCUCGCCAACAGCUCUCUGAACAGGCGGCGGAUGCAGCUGCAAGCUGUGAAAGUCACAAGCAGCUGAUCCGGGCGCUGCAGCAGAGUAUGGCGGAGCAAAGUCAACAGGCAGAAGCAGAGUUGGCUGAGCUUCGCAGGUUGGCAGACACAACACCGACUAUCCAGCGAGCACUGUCGUCCUCGACGCCUCAGCGAAAAAGCUCAGCUGGCGAAUGGCGGGCUUUGUUGGAAGAAGAGGACGUUGAACCGGACGGGAAGGCAACUUCGCCGUCGGUGACUGCAGCCGACCACAACUCCACCACAAAGCCAGAGGCAGAGGAGCAGGUCGUCGGGGAUGUCACAGACAGUCUCCUGGAGCAGCUGGAAUCCACUUCAGCGCUGGGGUCGGGUCGGCUGCCAAGCAAGGGUGCCGGAGCUCCUGAAACGGCCGGUCAUGAGGAGGUCGCCCAGCUUUGGGAUCGCAUUAACUACCUGGAGAAGCGCUGCAGGAAUUUCCAGAAGAAACUCGAUGCACGACCCAUCAUCUACCAGGCACCGACAGGCACUGGGCCACUGAAUCUGGAAAGCGGCAGCGCCGCCUCUGCAGGUAAGCCCAAUUGGGAGCCGUGGCUGCGUGACGUCACGGGGCCAGUGGCGCGGCGGCUGAAUUUGCCGCAGGGCUCGGAACAACGUGUUGCCGCGGUGGCAGCGCCCCUUUGCCAGGCCAUUGAAGCGCCUCUGCGCAGCUUCACACAGCGGCUUCUGAGGCAAGAUCGUUGGCUGUGGGUCUUCUAUGCCCAUCUGUUGGUCUUGUACGCCAUCGCCGCCUCUUGCAUUGCAAGAAACUCCAACCCGGUUAGCCCUGCAGAAUGUGUUGACACACGUUUGAAGCAAUUGCAAGCUGCC